ACUCACCGCCAAAGUCCGUUGCAUUGCCGACUCGCGGCUCUACCAUCGCAAGGGACCCGCGCGUAGCUGCAGCACGACAGGUUUCUGCAUACAUUGUAUAAUGUCCAGCGCUUCUUCCCGAACGGGAUCAGUUUGGCUCCGAAGGGCUGGAAUCUCUUUGGAAAGCAUGGCGGAGAGUGGAGCGGCGUUUGAAUUCCGGAGGAUAGUUCUCAUCGGUAGAACAGGAUCUGGAAAAUCUACUCUGUGCAAUGUCUUAGCAGGCGGCGAAGACAUUCAUUUCCACGAAGAAGAUUCAGCAAAAAGUGUUACGCAACACGUGAAGUCUCAAAGGUUCCCGGUCAAGUAUGGCGAAAAAACCUUGAUUUUCGAUCUGAUAGACACAGUUGGCUUUGGAGAUACUGAACUCUCAACGGAGAAAGUACUAGAGGAACUGGCAAACCUGGCCGUUGUGUGCAAGGGAGGUAUACAUCAAGUGAUCUUUGUGACAAAUAACCGGUUUACUGAUGUGGAGCGGGAGUGCCUCGACUUGGUGCAGAGUGUUGUCUUCGCCAGGUCUAUUCUGCCCUACAUGUGUGUCGUCCGCACCCGUUGCGACGAUUUCGAAGACGAUGAAACUGUGGCUAGAAUCAAGUCUGAAAUGCAGGGACUGUCAGAUAUCUUGAAAGAAGUCGAUCACUUCUUCCUAGUGAAUAACCCGCCGUUUACUUCAAGAAGUACAACCAAGAAAAGGAGAACCAAUACGUCGAUAAGGCAAGCAUCACGCAAGAAGAUCCUCGCUCACCUCGUUGAGAAUUGCACGGAAGUCUUCAAUCCACCGAAACUAGUGGAAAUCGUCGAUACCAUCGAAGAUCACUUGAUUCGUUACAAGAAGCUGGAAACAGAGUACAAAAUGCAGGUAGAAAGGGAGGAAGCGCUAAAGGGUGCUCUCAAAGAAAGUCACCAUCAGCUCAAAGAGCAGAGCGAUCGUCAUCAUGACGAGAGGCAAGACCUGCAGAAGAAGCUAGAUCACCAGCACCGCGAAAAGGAAGACCUCCAGAAGAAGCUAGAUGACCAGGCCACCAAAAUUCAAUUCGUGGUGCACAGCACAAUGGAUCCUGCCGAGCUGCGUGAGACGAUGUACAAGGAUGCGCUGGUAAAGUACAACGAUCUGACUUGGUUUGACCGACUGAAAACGUGGCGACCCCGACGGGCAUAUUUCAUGAAGACGGAAGCGCUGAAGAAGUAAGCUAUCAGCUUUCGUUUUGGCCACAUCUCUUACCUUUACUUCCCAUUAGCCACUAGAUGUAGUGCCAUGUUUUCCUUCUCUAUUUAGUGCUGUAGAAACGGCGUUACCUGAAAAACGUCGCAUGGAAAUGUAGUGGAAAACUAAUAUAAAUUAUUGCAUUACUCUGUUACGUUCACUGUCCACCCCAAUGAUACUAUUCGUAGCUCCAACAGAACGCUACUGAACCUGUCUUCAGGGUGCCUGCUGUAUACUUGUCUUAGUUCCCAAGUGUAUCAUGUAAUAAUUAUAAUUGUUUCAACAUAUCUUUGCUAAACAAGUUUACUUCGAAACGUUUCUACAAGCGGUUUGUCUUUGGUUGAUUCAGUACGUCACAACACUGGCCGCCUAUUGGCAAUCCCACGGAUCUCUUUUCUUUUCGCACGAGCAGUUUCACUGACUGUCAGCUCAUUUUUGCACGUGUAUCACGUUCUCCCCGUGUAUUUAUUUUGAUGAUUAAAAUUAUCAACGAGACUAUAAACCAGUUUUCGUAUAGACUUUCCGAUAAAUGUAUUACAUUUUGCACUGCUGUCAUUCGCACCGUUUAGAUUUGCGGCAUGAUGCAGCAGUCAUUUACACUUUGCAAGUUUGUGGGUAUAUAAACCAAUACUGAUCCAGAUUUACCCAUUGCUGUUGUCUGAUGAUCACUUAGUGUUUGAAACUCGGAGUUAAAACACUUUUUUCCGUCCACGUAUUGUUUGAACUAGCUCUGCCUCUCGGUAUUGAGCACUCUCUUGGA